UCGCUAAUACUCAUCUCUUAUCGGUCCUACGUCCGCCCCGGAUCUCCAGACAAAGUGCGUCGCUCACUAUGACUACUAUGGUCGAUAACGAGCUUCUCCAAUCCUAAUCCCACUCCCAUCUCCAUGGCCGCUCCUCUGCUUCUCAGAGGCCUUCCACUCUUUCGCCUCCGACUCCACCACCACCAGUACAGGGCCGCCGCUGGUUUCUUCUCGACGCCGCGCCGUCCCUGGUGCACCUCCGCCGAGCCGAGUCGGGCCGACGAUAGUUUAUCCUCUACGGACAAAUCAACCCCAGCUUGGAGCGCUGGAGACCCUCCCAAGUACCCUCGUUGGGACGACCCUGACUACCGCAAAUGGAAAGAUAAAGAGGUCGAGAUUCUCAAAGACAUCGUGCCCAUCACUUUGCUCACCAAAGAGAUUCUGCACUCCAACAGGUACCUAGAUGGGGAACGUCUAACAGUUGAAGAUGAGAAAGCUGUGGUAGAGAAGCUUCUUGCUUAUCAUCCACAUUCUGAUGAUAAAAUUGGAUGUGGACUUGAUUCUAUUAUGGUUGAUCGGCAUCCACAAUUUAAACGCUCAAGAUGCCUCUUUGUCGUAAGAACUGAUGGUGGAUGGAUAGACUUCUCCUAUCAAAAGUGCCUUCGAGCAUACAUUCGAGAUAAGUACCCAUCCCAUGCAGAAAGGUUCAUUAAAGAACAUUUCAAACGUGGUAGUGGUUGAUAUUAGUCAGCCCAAAGGCUUACAAUUUUUAAUAUCACUAGAGAUGGUCUAUUUUGUUUUUAGUUUUGUUUCCCUUAUGGGGCAGAGAACAUGCAUUUUGGUUUCAGUGACUAAACAUUUUUUUUUUAUAAGUUUCAGUGACUAAACAUAUAGCCUAGAUCUGCUAAUUGUCAAUGCGGUAGAUAAUCCUUGACCAGGAAGUUUGUUUACAUGAAGACAGGAAAUGAUUGAAGUAGGCUGUUUUUGUUGACUCGCAUCUCUA